AUGUCUCACAGAACACGACUACAAUUCAAAAUAGCUCCAGACAUCAGGCAGGAUGCAGACCAAGUGGAAGCCGAGGGUCAGCCAGCUCAACCUGUCCAGUCUGUGGCAGAUCCGGAUAAAUUUGUCACAUAUUUAGAACGGUGUGUGCCUGUUUUACUCGACGAUUAUGAGUCUGAAGAAGUUGCAGACAGUGGGGAAGGAGAUGGUGAGGCCGGAGUGUCAUACAUCAUAUCCUCGGAUGUGCAUUUCACAAGCUCCAAAAUAUUCAGUUUGGUAUUUAUCAAGAGAGGAGCUGUGGUUGAGGCAGAUAAAUCAUUUCCCUCGCAGCUUCAAAUUAUGAAUCUCAGUGAUGGUUCCCCUUAUGAAGCACUGCAUUCCUACAUCAGCCAUGCUGUAUCCCCUUACUUUAAGUCCUAUAUUAGAGAAACUGGCAAAGCUGAGAGGGAUGGUGACAAGAUGGCUCCAGCAGUUGAGAAGAAGAUUGUUGACCUUGAGAUGGGACUUCUACAUCUCCAGCAAAAUAUAGAUAUACCAGAGAUCAGUUUACCUAUACAUGCUGUUGUGUCUUCUGUUAUAAAAAAAUGUGCUGAGGAAGGUAGGAAACCUAAGGUUGAAGAUUUUGGAGACAAAGUUGAGGAUGCACAAUUUCUAAAUGCUCUACAAAGUGGUGUUAACAGAUGGAUUCGAGAAAUACAGAAGGUGACUAAGCUUGACAGGGAUCCCUCAUCAGGCACAGCUUUACAGGAGAUCAGUUUCUGGUUAAACCUUGAGCGAGCUUUGUUGAGAAUUCAGGAGAAAAGAGAGAGCCAAGAAAUUGUCCUAACAUUGGAUAUUUUAAAGCAUGGCAAAAGAUUCCAUGCUACUGUCAGUUUUGAUACAGAUACUGGUCUAAAAGCUGCUAUGACCACUGUGAAUGACUAUAAUCAACUGAUGAAGGAUUUUCCAUUAAAUGACUUGCUGUCUGCCACAGAAUUAGAUCGUAUACGUGUUGCUCUGCAGGCAAUCUUCCAACACCUUAGGAAGAUCAGACCCACAAAAUACCCCAUACAGAGAGCCCUUAGAUUGGUAGAGGCUAUCUCCAGGGAUCUUAGCACACAGCUAUUAAAGGUACUUGGUACAAGACGUUUGAUGCAUAUACCAUAUGAUGAGUUUGAGAAAGUGAUGUCAGCAUGUUUUGAUGUAUUUUCUACCUGGGAUGACGAGUAUGAUAAGUUACAAGGUUUACUGAGAGAUAUCGUCAAGAAAAAGAGAGAGGAACACUUACGUAUGGUCUGGCGUGUAAACCCUGCACAUAAACGCUUGCAGGGGCGUCUUGAUCACAUGAGGAAGUUAAGGAGAUUCGCACCAAAGCUUGAACCUGUUGUAGAUGAGGCAGCUGAUGCUAAUGCUAUUGAGGAGGUAAACCUAGCAUAUGAGAAUGUGAAGGUUGUAGACGGUCUGGAUGUUUCCAAGGAAGGAUCUGAUGCUUGGGAAGCUGCCAUUAAAAGGUAUGAUGAGAGGAUAGAUAGAGUAGAGACAAGAAUUACAGCACGACUACGUGACCAGCUAGGUACAGCCAAGAAUGCCAAUGAAAUGUUUAGAAUCUUCUCGCGAUUCAAUGCUCUGUUUGUACGACCACAUAUUCGUGGAGCUAUUCGUGAAUAUCAGACACAGCUCAUGCAAAGGGUGAAAGAUGACAUCGAGUCUCUACAUGAAAAGUUCAAGGUUCAAUAUCCACAAAGUAAGACAUGUAGAAUGAGCAAGGCUAGAGAUUUCCCCUCAGUAUCUGGUAGUAUCAUCUUUGCUAGACAGAUUGAACGACAAUUGACUGCAUAUUUGAGGCGUGUAGAAGAUGUUCUUGGUAAAGGAUGGGAGAAUCAUGUUGAAGGUCAGAAAUUGAAGGCUGAUGGUGAUAGCUUCAGAAAUAAACUUAACACCCAGGAACUCUUUGAAGAUUGGUCUAGAAAAGUGACUCAGAGACAGCUACAGGUGUCUGGUAGAAUUUUCACAAUAACCAGCAUCAAGUCAAGGAUUCCUGGUAAAGGAAAUGUUCUCAAACUGGGUGUUAACUUUCAGAAAGACAUCAUUACUCUCUCUAAGGAGGUGAGAAACAUGAAAUGGCUGGGUUUUCGAGUUCCACUAUCUAUAGUGAACAAGGCUCAUCAAGCGAACCAACUUUACCCGUUUGCCAUGUCGCUGUUUGAGAGUGUUCGCACUUAUCAGCAAACCCUAGAAAAAGUUGAUGAACGUCCAUCAAUACAUUUACUUGUAGCAGGACUUCACAAGGAGGUCCAGAAACUUAUUGAAGAGGGAGUACAGCUUGUGUGGGAAUCAUACAAACUAGACCCAUAUGUACAAAAACUUGCUGACACAUUGGUCAAUUUCCAGGAAAAAGUGGAUGAUUUGUUAGCUAUGGAACAGGAGAUAGAUCUGGAGGUAAAGUCACUAGAGACUUGUGCAUACAGUAGUACAACAUUCAGUGAGAUACUGGGCAAGAUACAGAAAGCUGUAGACAAUCUUAGUCUACAUUCCUACUCUAACCUACCACAGUGGGUAGCCAGGCUCGAUGAUGAGGUGGAGAAGAGACUUGCAGGACGUCUAGAGAUAGCAUUAGAUGCCUGGAACAAAUGUUUACUGGGUAAGAAAGAAGAUCAUGUUGACUACAGUAUGGAUACCGAUACACCACAAUCAGCUAGCAUGAAACUUGGAGGAGAACCAAACAUCAAGCCAAUGAUUCAUGAGUUGCGUAUAACAAAUCAACUGAUCUAUGUUAACCCACCAGUUGAAGAAGCUCGAGUCAACAUCAUGCAGGAACUGUUUGGCUGGGAAGCCAUUGUAACCAGUCUUCCUAAGAUAAAGCACUCUAGAUACCAGGUUGGUUUGGAUGUAGAAUCUGAGGCAGCUGCCACCUACAAGAAUGUUCUAACAAAGUUACCUGGUGGAAUGAAAGUCAUUGAGGAAUCUUACUAUGCUAUACAGAAAACUGUUAAAGAAAUGGAGAACUAUAUCAUGGUAUGGUUGAGGUACCAGGCAUUGUGGGAUCUUACACCAGAUGGUCUUUAUCAGAGGAUGGGAGAUCUACCCACAUGGAUGACAACACUGGAACAAAUCAAGUCAGCAAGAAAGACUUUUGACACUUCUGAGACCCAGAAAGAGAUUGGUCCAAUUAUUGUACAGUUUGGUAAAGUCCAGUCCAAGGUGACACUGAAAUAUGACUCCUGGCACAAGGAUGUACUGAGCAGGUUUGGUGGUAUGUUGAGCAAUGAGAUGACCGAGUUCCACUCUCACAUACAGAAGUCGCGAUCUGAGCUAGAACAACAAUCUAUAGACACUGCCAACACAUCAGAAGCUGUAGGACUAAUCACACAAGUACAAGCAUUGAAACGCAAGAUGAAAAACUGGGAGAAACAAGUUGAU